AAAAUUUGUGCAACCGAACAUUCAGCUCAAAAGGAAAAAUAGGUACUAUACACGAUCGCGUCGAUCAGCCUCGAUUAAUGAAUGGAUCGGAGGGGGAUUGAGGAACCGGAAGCAAGUGGAGCCUGUGGAGAUCGUCUGAUUGUUAGGAAUCGAUCGGAAGAUUCAUCGAUAAUCAUGUCGUCAGACCAGUUGCAGAGCGCCAAGGACUCUACUGCUCAGAGCACGGAGCAGACCAAGAAUUUCGGUGUCGAGAAAACCAGCCAAGCUCAGGACAGCGCUCACGAGAUGGGACAAGCUGUCCAGGACAGCAGUCAGCAGGCUGGACAGGCCACUUCUGAUGCUGCUCAGACUUCCAAGGACAAGACCGUCGAGGACAAGGACCACGCCGUCAACGCCCUGGAGCAGGCUGGUCAGAAGGCAAUGGAAACUUUGACCCAGGCCAAGGAGAAAGUCACGGGGAAUGAGGAGUAGAGAUCGAAUAUGAAUCGAUACUUGGGCACCCGUAGUCUCAUGGAUCCGCGGAUUUGAGGGUUCCUACCCAUGCAUGGGUUUGAAAGAGAGAACGAGGCGUGGUCUUUGGACAUGAUGGAGUCAGAGGAAGAGACGAGAUACAUGCAGAUCAUGUACAGUUCCGAUUAUGGAGAAAUGAAAGUGUAUGGAUAGUUUCAAUUCCCGUGGC